CCGGUCACCAGUCGCCUGCUGGUGCUGCUGCAGCCGCUUCUUCCUGCUCUAAAGUUUAAAAAAUACCGUGAAUCACGUGAAUUAUUGCGUCCUCAAGACCUAAACAAUGUCUGUUUUCUGCAGCAGCAGCCGAAAUGGAAACGCACAGUGAAUCCUGGGUAGUUUCAGGCUGUGGUUCGGCUGCAGUGCCUCUGCUGGAGGCCUCCUCACACAGACAGAGAAGUAAAAAAAAUGCCUCUUUUUAUCAACCGGGACCAGAUAUUUGCCCACCAGGUUCAUCUGCUGGAGCACAAACUGAGGAGUAAAGAAGAGCUGAUACUGGAGCUGGAGACGGAGAAUGCUAUUCUUCAUCUGAGACUUGCAGACUGUCUGGGGAAACUACGUCACGACCAUGAAGAGGAGACCAGAGCGCUGCACCAUCAUCAUCAGCACCAGAGAGAGGCACAGAAUGAAACCCGGGCCGGCCUCACCAAACUCCUGUCUGGAAUCCAGGAGGUGAAGCAGGACCUGAGUGAGGUGUUUGGAGUGUAUGUGAGUUUUGCCUCCGAGCUGGAGGAGCAGAGCAAGCAGCUGCUGGAGAAAGUGGAGCAAGCCAGCUCCUCCAUGAAAGGUCACCGUGGAGACGAGGUGCAGGACCUGCAGGCCCGUGUUGCAGCUCUGGAGCGCUCUCUGGAGGAGGAGAAGGAGAGGUGCAGGGCAGAGAGGCAGAGGAGGAAAGAACUUCACAACACAGUGGUGGAGCUGAGAGGUAACAUCAGAGUUCACUGCAGGGUGCGACCUGUUCUAUCCUUUGACCACGUCCAGUCCUCCACCUCUGGAUCAGGUCCUGCCUCAUCUGAGGAAGUGGUCUACGCGAUCAGUGAUGACACGGUGAUGGUGAAUUGCUUGAAGACCGGAAUGCCAGUGCAAAACAAGAUGUUUGAGUUUGAGAGGGUUCAUGGACCAGAGGAUUCCCAGGACACGGUGUUUGAGGAAGUCAAGCCCCUGAUUACAUCCCUGCUGGACGGCUAUAAUGUGUGUAUCAUGGCGUACGGACAGACAGGAAGUGGGAAGACUCACACCAUGAUGGGAUCGCACUCGUCAGAAGUGUCCUCAACGGCGCAGCAGGAGGCACAGCAGGGUAUCAUCCCCCAGGCUGCUGCUGAGCUCUUUAGGUUGAUCUCUGAGAAGCCUGCGGAGAGCCACACAGUGGAGGUGUCAGUGAUGGAAGUGUACAACAACGACGUGUUUGACCUGCUGGCUAAAGACGGGCAGGGGAACGCCGGCAGCCAGCGCAGGGACGUCAUCACCACCUCCUCUGGUACCAGCCAGGUGCCCUCCCUUACAUACGAACCUGUGUCCAGCGCCUCCGAGGUGAUGCAGAUCAUCAGCAGCAUUCUGAAACUCAGGGCUCACUGUCCCACACUGGUUCACACCGAAUCUUCACGCUCUCACCUCAUUGUUACUCUCACCAUUUCCUCCAAGAGCCCUAAUGCACUGGCCCUGGCCCGCAGGCUGCAGAGCGCCAAGAAGGACAUGCAGCGCUCCACUCAGAAGGAGUGGUGGAGCCCGCGCUGUCGCCGUUCCAACCUCGCUGCCCGCUACCCAUCUGACGAGCUCCUGGCAAGCCCCGCCUCCUCUCCCUGCCCCUCACCUUCCCUUUCGCCUUGUCCCUCCCCCAGACCCAGUAUCUCGCAGGCUCCAUUCAGGACCAAGCUGCAGCUGGUGGAUCUGGCAGGGAGUGAAUGUGUCGGUAUGUCUGGAGUGACGGGCGCUGCUCUGUGGGAGGUGUCCUGUAUAAACCGCAGCCUCUCCGCUCUGUCUGACGUCCUGGGAGCUCUGGCCGAACAGAGACCACACAUCCCUUACAGGAACAGCAAACUGACCCAUCUACUUCAGGAUGCCAUAGGUGGCGAUGCCAAGCUGUUGGUGAUGCUGUGCGUCUCUCCCACGCAGCGCUUCAUCACCGAGUCACUGCAGUCCCUGGGAUUGGGCACGCGCGCACGCCAGGUCCAGAAGGAGCUGCCUCGACGGAAGAGUAACACCCUCAAAGUUAAGUGACGACAGCAGGAAAUAUUUCAUCCUUUGCAACUGCCCCCCGGCAACGUGAGUCCUGCAACAUGUCGUAUCAACAGGGCAGACUGGAGGGUUUUAAGAUGCAAAAUGAGUUUCAUUGAUUUUACAGAGUAUUUAGUGCAUAACUGUGCCUGUGGGGAAGAAAUCAAAGUGCACAGCCUUAAACAAUAUGACUUAAUGCAGUUAUUAGAGAUAUUUCCUAAUCACUGGGUUACACAGUGCUGCGUACUCAUUGGUAUUAACAUCCUAUACUGUACAACAAUAAAAACAACAUUAGUUUAAUAUACUUUUCCUUACUUCCUCUUACAGAUUUGAAUACAUUGGUUGGUAGCGUAAAUAGGAAAUAUGUUGUAAAUGUGUGGGUUUUAUUUCUGUUUUUAAAUAGAUCUGGGUGGAGCCACCUAUGUUUUUAACAUACUUUCUCAAACAGAGGCGUCGCCACAAAUAGAUUAAUUCAAAUAGAUCUUGGUUUUAAGCCUAUUUCAGGAAGAAUAGGCCUCAUGAAACUGCUGGAACUUUAUAAUACACAUGCUGAGCCUGGUGGAGCCCAGUUGCUGAGUCUGCUGGUUAGCGGUAAAUGACAGUACAAUUAUACACAGGUAGGACUUUAAUAACUUAAUUGACCUUUAAACCUUUGUUUUUAGUACUAUGUUUUCCAUAGUAUUACGAUGUAGCUCAUGCCAAUAGUGAAUAGUGCUGUAUUGUAAAGCUUUUUGACUCGGGUAGUCUUAUUUAUUAUUUAUGCUGUAAAUAAUUGAAAUACACGCUGCUCAUGCUAUGCCUUCUAUUUUUUAGUAUUUUGAUGCAUCUAUGUUUAUACAGUGUUUAUAUAACAUUCUCAUGUAUUCUGUCUGUAACCAUAAACCCUUUUUUGUAACACAUCACAAAUCCUUCAACCACAUUGAUUGAACAGUCUCAGUAGAAAAUAGAAUAAUAGAAUCAUUGAUACUUUAUAAUAAACAGCUGAUGCGCAGA